AUGGGCUUCCCCAACGUCGUCGACGGCCCGCAAAGCCGGACCAGCAGCAGCGUGGCUUCCUCCGGCACCACCCGAACGUCUACCGAUGAUGCUGGGAACGCCCCAGCUGGCCACACGCUCGAGGCGCCGUCGCGGAAGACCCGGUCCGGACGCAUUAGCCCGGCGCAGCUCUUCCAGAAGCUCCGCCGCGCGCUCCCCAUCCUGGCGCCACGCUGCGGGAAGACGGCGCGCGAGAGCGAGACCGCUGCGGCGUCCACCUCCCAGUCCCAGUCCCAGUCCCACCUCAUGUCGAGGCACGUGGCGUCGGGCGGCGGGAGGCGGCCGUGCCGGCGCGUGACGGGCACGCUGUUCGGCCGGCGCAAGGGCCGCGUCGCCCUGGCGCUGCAGGAGACGCCCCGGAGCCUGCCGAGCCUGGUGGUGGAGCUGGCGCUCCAGACGCACGCGCUGCUCCGCGAGCUCGGCAACCCCGCCGGCGCGCGCAUCGUGCUGGAGACCGAGCGACGCCGCGGAGCCGGAGAGGGGCCUAGUAAGCGCGCGCCGCUGCUGGAGGAGGCGGCGUGGACCAUGUUCUGCAACGGGAGGAAGACCGGGUACGCGGUGCGGCGGGAGGCGACGGACUACGACCUCACGGUCAUGGAGACGCUGCGGGCGGUGUCCAUGGGCGCCGGCGUGCUCCCGGUCCCGGUCCCCGCUGGAGCUGCAGCCGGAGGUGGAGGUGGGGACGACGAGGUGGCGUACAUGCGCGGCUGCUUCGAGCACUUGGUGGGGUCGUGGGACUCGGAGUCGCUCUACAUGGUGGGGCCACAGCAGGGCGGCGGCACCGGCACCGGCCCGGAGCUCGCCGUCUUCUUCGUCAGGCUAUGAGACCUAAACUAAACCGUGAUGGGGUGAUGUACGUGAUGGGUGAUGG